AUGUCGCCGUACAAAUUGGUGUUUGGGAAAGCGUGUCACUUAACAGUGGAGUUUGAGCAUAGAGCCUUGUGGGCAUUGAGGCAAUUAAAUCUCGACAUAGAAGAGGCGGGUACAAGUAGAGUCACUGAGUUGCACGAGCUGGAUGAGAGCGCAAGACUAUAUAAGGGGAGAAUGAAGAUGAUGCACGACAAAAAUAUUAUUGAGCGGAACUUUAAACCUAGAUAUAUGGUAUUGUUGUACAAUUCAAGAUUGAGGUUGUUUCCAGGCAAGUUGAAGUCAAGAUGGCCGGGACCAUUUCGUGUGGUAGAGACGCAUCCAACUGGAGCCGUCGAGAUUACAAUGGAAGAUGGCUCCCGCAAGGUUAAAUUUAAUGGACAAAGGCUAAAACCUUACUAG